AUGAUUUUUCUUUGGCUGCUGCUCCUGGCCUAUAGAGUAACGGCGAAACUAUUCGAAGCGCCGAAUCCGUGGGAGGAAGCCAGCCAAGUCAUCGUCUCAAACGUCACACUCGAUUCCAACCCCGUCUCCAACUCAUCAGUUCCCUCCAUUGACCAUAACACGCGCCAGAAUACAGAAUACGUGCGCCUGCAAAGCCGCCUCGACCGGACAAGCGGAACAUGGGGCGCAUCUCACCCGCGACACCGGCUCCUCAUGGCCCUCUACGGCUUCAGCAGGUACAAAGAACGCAGUUCGGCUGAAGUAAAGAGGUGGCGCGAUCUGUACAAACACGUCCCGAAAAGCCAGAAGCAGCUUGUUGAACGAGUGAUCGGGUAUACGCGCAAACUGAAUACGGUCGAGCAUCUUUAUGACCAUAAUGACGUGCUCGCGGGGGAUAUUGUACGAUUUGGGAUGGAGUUUUAUGGCAUUGAGCAGACCGAACUGGAUGUGUUCAUUCAGGAUAUGGAGAAAGAGAAGAAGGGUGCUGAUCGGACGAGCGUCGUCCAAGCCAUGAAACACUUUGUGCGAGACUGGUCGGACGAGGGACUCUUCGAGAGGGAGGGUGCGUUCAGAUGUAUUCUGGACUCUAUCUCUGGUAUUGAGCGCGGGGGUGAGGAAAGACCGGUCAGCGUCUUGGUUCCUGGUGCAGGGGCAGGGCGAUUAGGCUACGAGAUCGAUGCUCUAGGAGGUUUCGAAGUAACGAUCAACGAGUGGUCCGCAUACAUGAACCUGAUCCAUCGCUAUGUAGUCCAAAUCAACGCUCCGGAGAGCCUGGUCUACCACCCCUAUAUAGACUGGUGGUCUCACCACGCCACCACGUCCGACAUGCAGCGCGGCGUAUCGUUCCCCGAUUCCAUUCCGCGGCCGUCCUCCAAGGCAAGUAUAGUAAUGAUUGAAGGCGACUUCACUACCAUCUUUGAAGAUGCGGACUCAAGCACCUACGACAUAAUCGUGACCCUCUUCUUCAUCGAUACCGCACGCAAUCUGCUAAACUAUCUCGAGACGAUCUACCGUCUUCUGAAACCCGGCGGAAGGUGGAUAAAUCUGGGUCCAUUGCUCUACGGGACAGGCCCAUGGCUGCAGCUUUCACUCGAUGAGAUUGUAAAGCUGAGUGAGGCGUUAGGGUUUGAGUUUGAGGUUGAUGUUUCAGAUCAAGCCGGGAUUGUCUGCGGGACGCUGACGCAGGGAGAGGGAUUGGGCGGCAAGGUUAGGAGUAUGUAUGUCCCGUAUGGACAGAAUAAGAGGGGGCUCAGUCGGAAUGCGUACGAUGCGCAGUUCUGGAGAGCGCGGAAGAGGUAA